AUAUAAUAUUAUAUAUAUCGACGUGCACCAUGAAAAUGUUUGAGAUAUCCAAGCUGUUUUCACUGCGAAGACCACAAGGUAGCAGCAAAAUGGAUCGUUAUGAGAAGCUCAGUCGCCUGGGCGAGGGCUCCUACGGCGUUGUCUACAAAUGCCGGGAUCGAGAAACUGGCGCACUCGUUGCGGUCAAGAGAUUUGUCGAGUCUGAGGACGAUCCAGCCAUUCGCAAAAUAGCGCUGCGAGAAAUAAGGCUGCUCAAGAAUCUCAAGCACCCAAAUCUGGUGUCCCUAUUGGAAGUGUUUCGUCGCAAGCGUCGCCUGCAUUUGGUCUUUGAGUUCUGCGAGCUGACGGUGCUGCACGAGCUGGAGAGGCAUCCGCAGGGCUGCCCGGAGCCGCUGACCAAGCAGAUCUGCUAUCAGACACUAUUGGGCGUGGCAUAUUGCCACAAGCAGGGCUGCCUGCAUCGCGACAUCAAGCCAGAGAACAUAUUGCUGACGGCCCAGGGCCAGGUGAAGCUGUGCGACUUUGGCUUCGCCCGCAUGCUCAGUCCGGGCGAGAACUACACAGACUAUGUGGCCACCCGCUGGUAUCGGGCGCCCGAGCUGCUUGUGGGCGACACACAAUACGGCACACCGGUGGACGUGUGGGCGAUCGGCUGCCUGUUCGCGGAGCUGGUGCGCGGCGAGGCGCUGUGGCCGGGACGCAGCGAUGUGGAUCAGCUGUAUUUGAUACGAAAGACGCUGGGCGACUUGCUGCCGCGGCACAUACAGAUCUUCGGGCAGAACGAGUACUUUAAGGGCAUAACGCUGCCGGUGCCGCCGACGCUGGAGCCGCUGGAGGACAAAAUGCCGGCGAAGGCGCUGCAGAAUCCGCUCACCAUCGAUGUGCUCAAAAAAUGCCUCGACAAGGAUCCGGCCAAGCGCUGGUCCUGCGACAAGCUGAUCAAGCACUCCUACUUCGACGACUACAUAGCCAAACAGCGCGAGCUGGAACAUAUCAACAGCCUGGAGGCGGCCACGCUGCGCCAGCAGCAGCUGGCCUCCCAGCAGUUCAUGCUGGCCACGGCCGCCCAGCAGCUGCAGACGGGCGCGGCGCAGGCGGCGGCCAUUGCGGCGGCACGUGAUAAAUCAAAGACUUCAAACACCUCCUUGCCGCUGCUGCCGAGCAAUCAGCAUCAGCAUCAGCAUCAUCAUCAUCCGCAUCAGGACUUUGUCAAGCUGCAGCCGCUGAACAAGAAUGCGGCCAUGCUCCAUCGCACCGAGCAUCAUCUGCCCACAAUUUGA